GUGUACAUUACAACUAUAUCUUUAUAAAUAAAGUAUAAUAGUUUGUAAUUUGUGAUUUAUUGUUUGUAAUAUGAGUGAUCUCUGAGUUGCAAUGCCAUAAAACUAGGACUUGAUGAUGCAAUCGACAUGGACGUGUCUCGUUGGAUUAGCAGUAGUAUGUGCAGCAUCAGUAUUUGCCAGCGAGAAUGUCGACCCUGUGCGGAGCAAUUACACCGUAUCUGAUGGCCACGCAACAUGCAUUGUCAUGGCAACAGGAAUACGCCUCAAGAUCCCAUAUGUUGGAACAAACAAAAACUAUACUACAAUUAUAGACGUGCCUGCAAAUACGACAGGUUCAUCGGGGAAGUGCCAAAACAGCGACGGGUCAGAAACCUUGACAAUACAAGUAUACCCAACAUUUACAGUGACACUUGUGUUUGGAAACUCCAGUGUUAAUCCGAAUUCAUACGAAUGGAAAUCCAUUAGCCUUACCUACAAACUGGAUGGUGCCCACUUUCCAAAUGCCACAAACACCGGUCAACCGAUCUCAGAACAGCUUCUUCUGGCCAAUGGGUCACUGUCGUCAACAUUUGGUGGAUCGUUCAGUUGCCAAGGUAGACAAGACUUUGUAAUGAACGAUGGAACAAUCUUUACUCUGUCUGAUUUGCAAUAUAGAGCGUUUGGAGUAACGGACAGUACAGUGUUUUCUGAAUCAAAUGUUCAGCACUGCUCUGCCGACGACGAAGAUCACCCUAACACAGAUCUUGCUAUUGCUAUUCCUGUCGGGAUCGCCCUGGCUGCGUGUAUAGUUAUCGUUGUGGUCAUUUAUGUCGUAGCUAGUCGUGUAAGGGGCCCUGAGGAGUCGGGUUUUUCUGAUGAUUGACAUUUGUAGAAGCUCAUAUAUACUUCGUGUUCAUUCCUGUGUAGUUUUCAAAUUGAUGGAAAGCCAAAUGUCUAAUUUUCAGUUGUAUUUGAAUAUUAUGUUAAUUACUUUAAUUAAGCACCUUUGGGCCAUAUUAUCAACGCGUAUUGACGAAAUAUGGCGAGUUCAAUAUGAUCCUGAUCUAGCAUGGUGUCAGAUUCUUAUUUGGUACGCACUUUGGUGAAAUGUCAUCUAUUUAAGCGAUAGAAGCACAGUUCUGCGUUCAGCGGUGUUUUUCACCGUACACAUGAGACGCAAUUUAAGAAAACUAGGUCACAUAUGAAAACGACGUCACGUGAGUAAACUCGAUUUUUCAACAAGCAGAUUUUUUAAGCAUUAAAUUUUUAUAUAAUUAACAUUCAAUUCACAAAGAUGACAGUAAAAAUUAAAUCAAUUUCAUGUUUAACCACAGCAUGUUGAAAACGUCAGUUUUCGCGUAACUUCGUUUUCACGUGUGGCCUGGUUUUCACAGAUUGCGUCAUAUAUGUACGGUGACAUUAACACCGCUGAACAGUAAUAUACUUCUAGAAUGUACUAUCACUUGAAAUAAUGCCAGGGCAUAAACAGUAUUCAAAGGGUUGAUCAACUACUGCUAUAUUUGUAUGACAAUGUUUAUAUGUUUAUAUAUUAUAUAUACAUACUAUACAGGCUUGAGCUAAUGAUUUUGUAGCUAUAACAUGAGACGGCAGGAAUUAUUUAUAC